UUUCCCAUAGAUCAACCAUUUCCUUAAACCCUAACAAAACCCUGUUACGAAUUGAGAGAGAGAGAGAGAGCGAGAGAGAUGAAUUUGACGAGAACGAACCCGAGCCGCCCGAUCUCCGCCGGACAUUGGCUGAUCAUGAUCAGACGGCUCUGCACGGCGGUGGCCGAGACGGCGACCAAGAGAAAUGUGGAUCGAGACAGUCGACUGUACCGGAGGCUAUCGGCUCUGGGGGCCAACGGAGGGAGCGUGUCAGAGACGUUGGACAAGUACGUCGCGGAGGGCAAUUUGGUACGCAAGCCCAUUCGCUGCAUCAAGGAGCUCCGCAAGUACGGCAGAUUCCACCAUGCCCUCGAGAUAAUGGAAUGGAUGGAGAAGAGGAAAGUCAAGUACAGCUCCACUGACCAUGCUUUACGUUUAGAUCUUAUAUCUAAAACAAAAGGGAUUCCUGCGGCUGAGGAAUAUUUCAAUAUUCUUCCACCAACUGCUAAGGACCGAUUAACUUAUGGCGCUCUGCUUAACUGCUAUUGCAAGCAAUUGAUAGAAGACAAGGCGUUAGCUCUCUUUAAGAAGAUGGGUGAGUUGAACUUUCUGUCAUCUGGUUUGGCUUUUAACAAUCUUAUGUCUCUAUAUAUGAGAAUGAACCAGCCGGAGAAAGUGCCUCCGCUGGUACAAGAAAUGAAGCAGAUGAGCAUCCCACUGAGCACAUUUACUUACAAUAUAUGGAUGAAUAGUUAUGCAUCUUUAAAUGAUAUCAAGGGGGUAGAAAGAGUCAUGAGUGAAGAUGAAAGCAAAUGUGAUUGGACGAAAUAUAGUAAUUUGGCUGCGAUCUAUGUCAAGGCUCGCCUUUUUGAGAAAGCUGAGUCAGCUCUUAAAAAGCUAGAGGAAGUGAUGAAACCUCCAAAGCGUGAGGCUUACCAUUAUAUGAUUAGCUUGUAUGCCGGUACAAAUAAUCUAGAUGAGGUCAAUCGGGUAUGGGAUUCCCUGAAGUCGACUUUCCCCACAACCAACAAUAUGAGCUAUCUUUCUAUGCUUCAGGCUCUUCGCAGACUAAAAGGCGGCGUUGAUGACUUGACAAAAUGUUAUAAGGAAUGGGAGUCUAGUUGCUCCAGUUACGACAUAAGGUUAGCAAAUGUUGCUAUAAGUGUCUACCUAAGCCAGGACAUGUUCAAAGAAGCCUCAUUGGUCUUUGACACUGCCGUUAAAAGGUGUGAAGGGCCCUUCUUUGUAGCUCGGGAAUAUUUCAUGGUUUACUUCUUGAAGACCCAUCAGGUGGAUUUGGCUCUUAGUCAUCUGGAGGCAGCUGUUUCCCAAGUCAAGGGCAAUGAAUGGCGUCCAACCCCAGCUACAGCAACUGCAUUUUUAAAGUAUUUUGAAGCAGAAAAAGACGUUGAUGGCGCCGAGAAGUUUUGCAGUAUUCUAAAGACUUUUGACUGUUUCACUUCCAAUAUCUACCAUUUGUUGCUUAAGACUUACAUAGCUGCUGGCAUGUUGGCUCCUGAGAUGCGUCAGCGAUUGAAGGAAGAUCAUAUUGAAAUAAGCAGUGACUUAGUGAAAUUGCUUGAAAGGGUUUGCCCUGAAUAGAUUUUAGUUUGUUGAGCAAGCCCUUGGAUCAAAUGUGGAGAGUUCUCCCUCUAGCUUAUGUUUGAAAAUGCCCAUUUGUUGUUUGAGUGAAUAGCAAGCUGCAUGUGGAGAUCUCCGUUGUUUUCAAUGGUAA